AUGGUAGAAUUUGUUAUACAUCACGCAGAAGAGAUUUUGCCCCCAGCGACUGUUCCUGUUCUCGGAUGGUCUCAUGAUGGUCGCUGGAAAAUUGAUGAUGAAGAGAAAGUACACGACGAGCGACUAGACGCCAGAGUUGAUUCAAUGCUGGAAGAAGGCUUGGUCCAGGAGCUUUUGAACUUUCACGAGUGUCACAACAAACAAAGAAUGAAAGAUGGAAGUCCCCCAGACUACACGAAAGGCGUUUAUCAAACAUUGGGUUUUAAAGAAUUUCAUGAUUACUUAAUACUUCCUGAAGAUGGCAAAAAUAGUGACGAAGGAAGGAAACUAUUGCAGCAUAGUAUAGAAAAUAUGAAAAUUGCUACGAGGAGAUAUGCUAGACGCCAGAAUAAAAUGGUUCGAGGUAGAUUUUUAGAAAUACCACGGCGAGAGGUCCCACCCAUUUAUGAACUGGACACAACUGACCUGAGCAAAUGGAAUGAAGACGUCAAGAACAAAGCUAUUGAUAUUAUAGAAAGCUAUUUAAAUGAAUCUGUAUGUAAUGUUGAACCAUUGAAACCUCAACAGCAUGAUGAGAAAGUAAAAAUUGAUGGACAUUCUUGUAAUUAUUGUGAGGUUUGUGAAAGAUUAAUUAUUGGUGACAAGGAGUAUUCCAUACAUUUAACUUCCAAUAGACACAAGAAAGUACUCAAGAAAAAAAUACAACUAGCUGAAAAAAAAUUAGAUGAAACUUCUCAAUAA